AGUUCAGUGCAAAAACAAUUGUAAUGACUGUGUAGGAUAUUAAUUUACGUCAAAAGCUGAGAAAAGAAAUUACACUUGCACUUAUACGAGUUUGAACAAAUAUGAAAUUUGGGCUAGUAGUUGAAGAUGUUAAGAAGGCUAACUCUGGUUUGAUUAGACACCUUAACAAGCAUUCAAGCAUUUCAUCGAGAUCAUGAAUGCUAGACUCUGAUUUUUCCAGCCAGUUUUUCACAUUUUCAACAUGUGUGAUGUAAUCAGUUUUGCUUAUCUUGUGACUCAUGAGAGAUUGUAAUGCUGCAUCCACCUCAAGUUCAUUUGUUUUUGUUUCUGAAUCCUCACAUGCCACUCUUUUGGGGUGCAUCAGCUUGGAAACAAAUGGCCAGCUGCUGAACUUUGAUCUCAACUUUGUCUAAUUAUGGUCACUUCUACUUCCUCAAUAUGCUAAUUAUGGUCAAAGUCUUAUGGCUUUUGGUGGUCCACUUGAUUUCCAAGCCUUGUGGAUGGCCUUUUUGAUCACCUCCCUGGAAAUCAAGUAUUUCCCUACCUCCCCUGUAAGCUCCAUUUCACCUCCUCUUCUUCUUUUCAUAAUUGAUUGGAGUUCAAGUGCGCAUUCCUUUGUUUGCAAUAAGGCAUCCUUUGUGAUUCCAAACACAUCAAAAGCCUAAGAGAUCCAUCCAACAGCUCUUCAAUCCCACGUCUUGUGCUGCAUGCUCUUGGGCUAAGGCUUGUUGAGUAAACAGCAGCUGAAGCAACUUAUUGACAUAUUCACGUAAAUCUGGAAGGCCAUUCAGUCCAUUGCUUAUUGAUGAAGUCGUAAGAUGAUUCAGAAGCCCUUGAUCUGCACAAGUGGUCAUUGAACUCUGAAAUGAGAGGGUGUGUUCUGGAAGGCAAGAUGUUUGACAAGUAUGGUAUUGGGAUUUUGCAUUUAGAAGUGAGGAAGCCAUUUUACCUUGGAAGAGAGGUCUUACCUGUUCCUGUUGAAUGUACAAUUCAGUCAAGCAAUCAGCCUUCCAUCCAUUGCUAUCCAUUUGAUAUAUAUAUAUAUAUAUAUAUAUUGAAGUAUGGGAAACAAAAGGAAUCUCAUAAAUAAAUUAGAAAUAACAUAACAACAAUAUGGAUCUAAAUACUAAGUGAUGUCAGCAAUGUUUUUGCAAUGUCUACCCCUCUCCAGCUCUCCAUUUCAUGAUUAAUUACUUAUAAAUUUUAGAAUCACAAGAGCAUCUUGAUUUACCAGUUUCAUUCAAUGAAAAUACAAUAGGUGAUAAUGUACUCUUUGCUUCCAGCAGGUUCUUAAUAUAAAAAUUCUUAUGCUGACUUCCUUUUCUAUAUACUGCCAUGUAUCUUUCAAGUAACCACGCUGUUAUUUACGUGUAAUCAUGCAAACAGGAUGAUGACUAUUAAUGAUACAAUUGGUGGCAGGCAAGAUCUGCAUAUGCAACUUCUUUAUUUUUUAUCAUGAUUUUGUAAAGUGAAUUUAUAGCAUAUGAGGAAGUUCUACAAUAUAUAAGCAUGACCAUCACAAGUAAUAUAUUAACUGUAGUGCUGUAGCCUUCUGGUAGAGGAACUUUUCCCUUUGCUGUACCGGUAGGUAUGGUGUCAACACUGCUCAUGCAUUGCAUAUCAUAUACAUUAUUGUCCAAUUCAAUAUGUAGUGCUAUCUUCUGCAAAAAUGUCCUGCAAGUCUGAAAGCUUAAAUUAAUUGGAUAAUGAGUUGGGAAGCUGGCAAGAGGGAGACACUGCUAAAAUAAUGUUGAGAGGAUGUCCAGAUCCAAAUCAAAAUCGUGUCACAACUCAUUGAUAUUUAAAAAUAUUGAGAUUCUUUACGUCCAUCACACCCCAUCAUAUAUAUUGAGCAGUUACUAACUAAAGCAAAGCAAAUUGCUACACAAAAUUGUACAUUCAACUGCAAGACAUCUUUCCUGUUUAAACAUGGCCGCCUCUCCUGUGAACCAAAACUCCCUUCACCAUUUUCGCUCUAACAACUUGCCCACUAGAGCACACCCGCUCAUUUCAGAAUUCAGUGACCACUUGAGCAGAUUGAGAUGUUCUGAAGCAACAUCUUCAUCGUCUACAUCAUUAAGCCAGAAACUAAUUGGCAUUCAAGAUUUGCAUGACUGUGUUGAUAACUUGCUCCUGUUGCCUUGCACACAAGCUUUAGCCCAAGAGCAGCGUGAGAAAUGGUAUAAUGAACUGUUAGAUGGAUCUCUCAGGCUCUUGGAUGUGUGCAGUAUUGCAAGGGAUGCAUUGUCGCAAUCAAAGGAAUGCACACGUGAAUUUCAAUCAACCCUGUGCAGAAGACAUGGCAGUAAAAUGAACCUAGCAAGGGAGGUUGAAAAAUACUUGGCCUCCAGGAAGGUGGUGAAGAAGGCAAUGCAGAAGGCCUUAAAGGGUAUGCAGACUAACUUGAACUCUAAGAAAAAUGAAGGUCUAGCCAUGAUUAGCAUGUUAAAAGAGCUAGAAGCUGUAACUCUCAUGGUCUUUGAAUUACUCUUGACAUUUAUAUAUGGACCAAAGUUGCAAUCAAAAUCAAGCAGCUGGUUUGUAGUUUCCAAGCUGGUGCACCCCAAAAGAAUAGCAUGUGAAGGUGAAGAAACAGAAGUGAAUGAAUUUGAGAAGGUAGAUGUGGUGUUACAAUCUCUCAUUAGUCGCAAGACAAGCAAAUCUGAUUACUCCAUCCAUGUUCAGAAUGUGCAGAAUUGGAUGGAGCGGUUGGAAUCAAGCAUUCAAGAUUUUGAAGAGGUGCUUGAAAGUCUGUCUAGGCGUCUAGUCAAGACCAGAGUUUCCUUUCUCAACAUCCUCAACCACUAACCCAGAA